AGAGUAGUGGGAAAUGGUCGGUGGUGGGGCGACGUCAGAGUGUGUGCGGUCGUGUCGAAGAAAGAGGUGGAGAAGCGAACAGGGGCGGUAGAGAGAGGGCAAGCGAACAAACUACCGGGAAGAAGUCAGCGGCAAGUAAAGCAGCGCCGCCGAGGCUAAACUUCGGGAUCUAUCGAACUAAAAUUGUCGUGUAGUUUCUGCCUCCUCUUCUGGCCCCCUCCCGACACGGUCGGCCCUCUCGCUCUCUCCCUUGACCCCACCAGAGCGAAUGCACACGGUGGCAACGGCAGCAUCUCGGUCGGUUGCGCCCCCUCUGGCUCUGCGAGCGAGCACCCAUCCCCUCCACCAAAACGAAAGCCGAACGAAGAGGGAAGAAAGCAUCGACGGUGGGGCGUCACGAGGUACGCGGCCCGUCGGAUGAACGAGGAGAGGCGGAUCGGCCGGGCUGUGGGCGGGAGCGAGACGGCGAAACGGAAAGAGGCGAAAAGGAGGGAAAGAGACGGAACUCGAAUGCGAGAGGGGAUAGGCAGGGAGCGCGUUAGCUGGCCCCACGGGCGACUCACCAUAUUUUAUUGUCGCGUUUGCCGACGCUAACCGCCGGCGUACGGCUCCGUGUGCCCGAUCUACGGAGAUGCCGGCGACCUGACUCUCUCCGGCGCGACCCUACGGAGAAGAAACGCAGCCAGCCCUACGAGACAACAGCCUUAAACAGAGGAUACAGUCUACGGACCGCCGCUGGCUGGUGUCUCCGUUUUCGCCGCGCGGCCUACCAGCACACUCGGCACACACCGGAGUCAUCCGACGAUAGCGCGCGGUUACGACGAAUUCGCGUGGGCUAGAGGUGCCGCCGUGCCGGCCGUGGCAUCAUCGGCCACCAGCAGAGGUGGCACCAGCACCCCCACCACAGCGCGCGGCGUGCCGGCCUGGACCCUCCCACCCGUCUCGCCGAGGGCAAACCAUCUCGCAAAAAUCGUCCCCCUUUCCAUGGAAGGAAAAGAACUACGGCGACGACUCUGCCACCACCACCACCACCACCGUCGAGCCGACCGUUUCUCGUCACUACCACCACCACCAUCGGCACACUACCAUCGUUAUCGCCAGCGCCACCGUCACUGUACCGCUGCCGUGCCUCCUCCUACACCGCGAUCAACCGUCAUCUCGCGGAACGAGGAUACCAGAACUUACGGACUCGGAUCUGGUCGUUCGGUCCUUACGACGAGGCCGCGACCCGCAGCCCUGAACGGGAUAUCGGUGCCGGUCGUCCUGCGUCCGAUCGUGUUGUUCGGUGGUCGAUCGUCGGAUUCGGUAGCCAGUGAGACGCUAUUGUAAAUAAAGAGUAGGAACAGUGCGCGAGUGGAUCGGUAUCGCCGGAUUAUUAAACCUACACCUUUUCGGACCGAUCGCCCCUCCCACUCGCUUCUCGUUACCAGCCUCUUCUUCCACUACCGCGAACAAUCAAAUCGUCCGGUCACGCGUGUUCGCGUUGCACGCUUCCCUCUCUCUCUCUCUUUCUCUCUCUCUCUCUCUUUCUCUUGAGUGAGACGCGUACGCCGCUCUCGUAUACAUGUGGACGCACACGUUCGACGAUCGCGAAGAGGACAGAAGCGAGCGGGCGUUAUGCGCGCAACAUCCGCGCCAGUUUCACGGCUGCUCGUUUAAAGAGUGCGCACCGCCGUACGAAGGGGCGGGACGAUCCAGCUCCCCGUCGCUCUAGGAGCCAGCUGGAUCCCUCAAUUUUCAAUUGCCCGGAGAAAGAAGACACGAGACUGGCAGGAUACACUGGGUCGUGAUCGCUCAAGGUGCGAACAGCGAUUCACAGUGCGUGGAAGAAGAAGAAGAAGAAGAACAGGAGGAGGAAGAAGAAGAAGAAGAAGAAGCAGCAGCAGCAGCAGCUGAGGAGGAGGAGAAAGGAGGGAAGACGUAGCCGCCGUACAAGCUUUGGGAGGAAAAAAGAAAGCGUCGUGCGCGCGAGAACAAGUCGAUCCUCGGCUUUCCUUUUUCACGAGUCGUCUCUCCGUCACCAUCGCUCGAGUUCUCGACCUACCACUCUCUCCCUCUCUAUCUCUCGUUACCCGGCUGACUGUCCGUCCCUACGGCGCUUCCUCUCUCGCUCGCUCCUCCCUCUAUCCCGACCCGAGGUCUCUCUCUCUCUCUCUCUCUCCCCUCUUUCUUUCUCUCUUUCUCCGUCGCGCCUCUCCUCGUUGCACUCGCAGCCGUGUAUACCUCCGCCUUCCUAUCCGCUCGCCGGAGGACUGGAUUCCGUCGAAAAGAAACGACGAUUCGGAGGAUAGUCGCGACCGAUCAUAGCUGGCGCGUCGAUCGGAUCAACGCCGGCCGAGUUUCGCGGUCCGACGAUUUCACGAUCGCGACACCCCCCUUGGUGUCCAAGUGUGUACCCUGUGGUGAAGGGUGGUUUCUUGUUCGUUCGGCUUUUUUUUUGUCAUCGUAAUCGGUUCGCGCGCCGCAACGGACCUCGUGACCCGACGCACCUGGACAACAACACCGGAAAUCGGUUUCGAUCGACAAGAGCAGCGGGCUUCGGCGAACUUAUCCUGCCGACGUUGACGCGUACGGUUGUCAUCGGGGACACGCGUGUGCUGUUUAGUCGUGAGCCAGGCCAGACCGCGGCAGACAGUGUCAUCGUCGGCCGACCACGUUGCGGUCGCUGGAAGAUCGGAAAACUGGUCCCUCUCUGUGUGCCUUUGUGCCCGCGUCUCUCCCGUCCGUGACAGUGCCACCGGUGUGUACAACCGGAGAAGACCGUCUCCUCGCUUCUCCAGGGUCGGGGCGGCGCGGCACGAUCAGAAGGUGCGAUAAAACGCGAGUGCGGAAACUAUUGUUGAUCGUCGGAGGAAUCCCGAACCCAGGGACACGUUCGUACGAAACUUGAAAACAGAUCUGUCUGUGGGUUUCUUUUCCGUUUUGCUUUUCCGAGCCGUGUGAGUGGAAUACAAUUUGAUCCGAGGAAGCGACAGUGAUAGAUAAUACGUCGAAGUGAGACUUGGUGAGACUAAGACACACGGAUGCACGGUAACGAUACCAUGAUCGCGUAGCGGUGCCCGACCAUCACGGCCCUGAGUGGCCGACACACAAUGUCACAGUUCUCUUUCCGGGGAUCGCCAAAUCUACAGUGUCCUGUGACAGUGAGCUCGUCGUUAGCGUCGUCGUCGGCUUCGCCGGUGUCCGGCGCUAUCCUGAGCGCAGGCGGUUCGUCGCUGGUCAGCGUAGCGGGCACGGCCACGAAUCAUCCCCUGAGCGUAGCCGGUCUGUCGAAUGCGAGGAUGGCGGUGACCAGCGCUGUGGUCAGGCCUCCUGGCAGUCCUACCACCUCGGUCAGCCCGUCCCAAGGUCAUCCACCGCCGACGACCGGCGGGCCGACGCCGACCGGACGAUGUUGCGACACCGGAAGGCCGAUCUUCACGGACCCUUUGACGGGUCAGACGGUCUGCUCCUGUCAGUACGAGUUGCUCGGCGGUUAUCAACGACUGGGAGCGUUGCCGACGGCAGCGUUGUCGAUGUACAGCGCCCCGUACGCGGCAGCGGCCGCCGCCGCCGCCUCCGAGGGCAUGGCAGCGUACUUUCCGAGCCUCGGCGCUGAACAGGCACCCUUCUACACGCCCACGGCCGCCGGACUCGAUCUGAAGGAAAAUCUCGGAGCCGGAGCUGCGGCGGCGUGGCCUUACCCAUCUGUCUACCACCCCUACGACGCCGCUUUCGCCAGCUACCCCUUCAAUGGCUACGGGAUGGACCUGAACGGCGCGAGACGGAAAAACGCGACACGGGAGACCACGAGUACACUGAAGGCUUGGCUGAACGAGCACAAGAAGAACCCGUACCCGACGAAGGGCGAGAAGAUCAUGCUAGCCAUCAUCACCAAGAUGACUCUGACACAGGUAUCGACGUGGUUCGCGAACGCCAGGAGACGUCUCAAGAAGGAGAACAAGAUGACGUGGGAGCCCAGAAACAGGGUGGAGGACGAGGACAACAACAACGAAGACGACGACAGUGGAAGGAAGAGCGUGGACGAGAAGGAUCGACUAGACUCCAAAGACUCGGGCACCGGUUCGAGCGAGGACGGCGAGCGACCGGCGCACCGGAUGGAACUUUUGGGCACGAGCGGCGGUUCCGGCGGUGUCCAGGGAAGAACCGAGAGCGAAUGGAGCGAGUCCAGGGCCGACAGCGGUCCCGACAGUCCGGAGUGUCUGUACGACCAGAGGGAGCCGAGGCAUCCUCUCCAACUGCAGCACCCCGCGUACCUAUCCUCCCCGCACGGCAGGCUGCUUCGUCACCCGUCCCCGGAGAGCACGUCACCGAGCAGUCAUCAUCUUCCUCCCAGCACGAGCGCGCCGUCGACCGGAAGCGGCGUCACCGCGAAGCCCAGGAUCUGGUCCCUGGCCGACAUGGCGAGCAAGGACGGCGAGCAGCAGAGUCCGACGCCGACGACGAUGACGGGUCUGUCGUCGCCGUACAGCGGCAGCAGCGGCGGCGGCGGCGGAGGCGGUGUAACCGGCGGCGGAGGCAGCGGAGGAGGCGGAGGGAAACUGGUGAGUCCCCUGGCGAGUCGAUUGCCACCUCACCACCCCCUGCACCCCGCGAUGCACACGGGAACGCAGUUCGUCCGGCCGCAUCCGGACUUCUACCGCAACCUGUACGGCGCCUCGCAUCUCGGCUCCGGCGACAUGUCCUUGCUGGAGACCUACUCGAGGACCCUGGGCGGGCUAAGCGGCGUGAUGCCACCCUCGACCGCCCCCAGCAUACUAACCUCCUCCGCGUCGGCGGUCUCCGCCAGCGGCAACGUGAAACCCUUCUCGAUCAACGGUGGCGGCGGACUCGGCGGGCCCGCGGUCCUCCUGACGACCGCGUCCUCGGGCCUCUCGCCAUCUUCCUCGUCGACGGCCUCCUCCGGCGGGUCCGACCAGUCGCCUCAUCCGAGCGGAAGCCUGCCGCCGACGCAGGAGCUCAAGUCCCCCGGCCGAGUGUGAUUCGGCGGCUCGACCUAAAGUCGUCGGAUCUCGCGAACACGACUCGAACGACCCGAGACGCGCCGCGCCGCGCCGAUGGACGAUCGUACGCGCGAGCGCGAAAGCGUGGCGCUGUGUGGUGUGGAUGACAAUAAUAAGAGACUACGAUCUUGUAAUUAGUGUACAGUAACUGACCGAAGAACAACAGAACAAGAUGUACUGCCCCCUGGCCCUCGUUCCCCCGGAUCCCACGUUCCUAGUCUCUUCGGGUGAGAACCUUGUUUGACCCCCCACCCCGCCCCACCCCUUCCUCUAUUCUUGCGCGUCCUCCUUCUCUAUCCUCUCCCCCUCUCCCGUUUAUCUCCGUAGCAGCAGCAGCUAUCGCGGUUUAAAAGGAAAAAAAAAUGGAAACCUAUCCUAGUAAUACUAUACAUAAAGUACUAUAUAUAUAAAUACACACACACGAUAAUAAUAAUUAUUAUUUAUGCGUUUGUAAAUAGUAGAGAGGGCCCAGUAGAGAGCGUCCGGCCAGUGUAUGUAUUGUAUGUAGAGUAGGUACGAUAUUAUUAUUAUAAUAUUUGAGAUCAUAAUUCAUACUAACGACGACGAUGAUUAUUAUUAUUAUUAUUAU